UUUUACCGGCGCCACUCCAUCACUCUCUCACUCGGUCCUCUCCUCUCCCUACAUAAACUCCUCCCGCGGAGAGCUCGGAGGAGAGGCUGAUCUCUAUCACAGUCACAAGAAGAGGAUCGCUACCAGCACUGGUAUAGUAGUGUUUGCAUCGAUCGAAAGGCUGCGCGGCCGGCGUCGAGCAGGCCAUGGCCGGCGUUCCUUUCGCGGCUUUCGCCUGUGUUCUCGUCGCCGCCACCGUUCUCGUCGUUUCCGCGUCGGCGUCGCCACAGGUGUUCGUCGUCGGCGGCGAGCCCAGGGGGUGGAGGAAGCCGGUGCCCAAUGAGGAGACGUACAACCACUGGGCCGCCAGGAACCGCUUCCACGUCGGAGACUUCCUCCAUUUCAAGUACGAGAAGAACGACUCGGUGCUGCUGGUCUCUCGCGACGACUACAAGCUCUGCGGCGCCGCGAAGCCGACGCAGCGGUUCGACGGCGGCGACACAAGGUUCCGGCUCGACCACAGCGGCUUCCUCUACUUCAUCAGCGGCGCGCCGGGCCACUGCGACGCGGGGCAGCGGAUGACCGCGCGCGUCAUGGCGCAGAGUGAGGGCAAGGCCGCCCCAGCCGAGGCGCCCGCGAUGUCGCCCGGUGAGGACGACGAAGGUGGGUCGUUCGGCCCGGGGUCCGGCGCGCGCUCUGGUGGCUCGAAGCCGGGGUCAGGGACCGGCUCCGGCUACGCGUCGGGAUCGGGAUCGACGACGACAACGCCACACCACGCCGGCACGGACGGGAAGACCAGUGGCUCCGCGUCCGUCCGUGCGCCGUCGUCGUUUGGUGGCCACCACGUCGUCGUUGGAGUUGUUGUGGGUGCCGUGCUGCUGGUCAUGGGCGCUUGA